AUGAAAGAGGGAAAGGAAGAUUUAGCGCAAUUUAUCGCUAACAGAGGAAGUAAAGUUGUUGACGAGGCUAUACAAGUAGGAUGGGAAAUGGAGGAAGCAGAGGAAAAAUUGAAAAGGAAACAAAUGACAAGGAUGGAAAUACUGCACAAAGCUCUAGAAGGUCCGUGUAUCGCUAACUGCAAUGGAGAGUGGUUGGACGUUGCAGAGGAUACUCUCGCACGGAAUAACCUAUCAGGUGGGAGUUUUCAGAGUGCUGUACGCGAGCUACUUGAGAAAGGACGUGGCAAGUACCGAAACAUUUUAAUCUUUGGUAGUGCCAAUUGUGGGAAAACUUUUUUACUAAACCCUUUAAACGUCAUCUACAAUACAUUUACUAAUCCCGCAACUAGCAACUUUGCUUGGGUUGGAGCUGAAUCCGCUGAGGUUCUUUUUCUUAAUGACUUUCGCUGGAGUCCACAGGUCUUGCCUCGGCACGAUAUGCUUCUACUUUUGGAGGGGCAGACAGUUCAUUUGCCAGCACCGAAGUGCCACUACGCUAAAGACAUUGUAUUUGAAACGGAUACACCAAUAUUUUGCACAGGGAAACAUGAGUUAGUGUUCAUUAAGGGAGGUUGUAUAGAUGAGAGGGAGACCGAAAUGAUGCGAGUAAGGUGGAGAAUCUUCAACUUCUUUCCGCAGAUUCCACACUGCGAGCAAAGAAACGUUCCACCAUGUCCAAGAUGUUUCGCAAAAUUAAUUCUC